CAGUCCUUGGAGAAGAACCUGAGCAGACCAACUCUGCCGGCCUCCCAUGGGGAGAGAUCAUGGAGGGAGCCACCAGACUUUGCUCAACGAGGGAGAAGAGGCUGAAAUGGAGAUAUUUGGCUACCGGACCCAAGGCUGCCGGAAGGCCCUGUGCGUUGCUGGGUACAUCCUGUCCUGCGGAGCCCUCCUGCUUGUGUUUUACUGGAAGCCGGAGUGGGACGUGUGGGCAAACUGCAUGCCCUGCAACUUGGAGGAGGCAGACGUUGUGCUGCUCAGAACCACAGAUGAAUUUCACAUUUACACUCGGAAGAAGGUGACCUGGAUCUCUCUGUCUGGCCUCAACCAUAUUAAUCCGGCUCAUCCUGUCAUUGCUGACAAAAGAUCUCUCCUGAACAAAGUCAUAAUGAAGCCAGAGUUAAAACCGCCUGCCAUCACCACCACCGAGCACCGUCAGAUCACAGAUCACAUCUGUGGGGAGAGUGAUCCAGGGGAGGGGGAGCCCCACGACACUCACAAAUGUGCCCCAAGGGAAGUGUCUUUAGUGAGGGUCCUCUGUGGGCCCAACACCACUGAUGUGGAGAUCACACCUGUCUGGAAGCUGCUUGUCAAAGAGGUCCUCAACCCAUUUUACGUCUUCCAGCUCUUCAGUGUCUGCCUGUGGUUUGCUGAGAAUUACAUCGAGUACUCUGUGGCCAUCAUCCUCAUGUCCCUCCUCUCCAUUUCUCUCACGGUGUAUGACCUCAGGAAGCAAUCUGUGAAGCUGCACUGGCUGGUAGAAUCCCAUAAUAGUGUCCUGGUCAAGGUCUUCAGGAAGCAAACAGGUGCUCAACAAGAACUGGACUCCCGUCAUUUGGUGCCUGGAGACACCCUGGCUUUGGAAGGGGGCAAAGGCAUGUUGCCCUGUGAUGCCAUCCUGAUCUGCGGGCAGUGCAUUGUGAAUGAAGGCAUGCUGACAGGGGAAAGUAUUCCCGUCACAAAGACCUGCUUACCUUGUGAGGAGAACAGUACUCAGCCUUGGCGAAUGAGCUGUGCGGAGGAUUGCAGGAGGCACCUCCUCUUCUGUGGAACGGAGAUCAUUCAGGCCAAGGGAGAUGGCAAGGGCCCGGUGAAGGCCGUUGUUCUGAGGACCGGUUUCAACACAGCAAAAGGGGAUCUGGUGAGAUCCAUUCUAUACCCAAAGCCCAUGAAUUUCCGGCUCUACAGGGAUGCCAUUCGGUUUCUCAUGUGCCUCAUAGGAAUUGCUGCCAUUGGGAUGGUCUAUGCUGUCUGUGUCUUUGUACUCAAAGGGGAAGAGGCUGGGGAGGUGGCGAAGAAGGCCCUGGACGUGAUCACAAUCGCAGUGCCUCCAGCCCUGCCUGCUGCACUGAACGGGAUCAUUUAUACCCAGAGGCGGCUGAAGAAAAAAGGGAUUUUCUGCAUCAGCCCCCAGAGGAUCAAUGUGUGUGGCCAGUUAAACCUCAUGUGCUUUGACAAGACCGGCACGUUAACCGAAGACGGACUGGAUCUCUGGGGAAUGGUCCUGGCCAAAGGAAAGAGCUUCCAGAGUGCCCAUACCUUCUCCUCCGGCGUGCUGGUGCCCUGGGGCCUGGCAUGUGGAGCCAUGGCCACCUGCCAUUCCUUGGUGGUCCUGGAUGGGAAGAUUCAGGGAGAUCCGCUGGACCUGAAAAUGUUUGAGGCGACUCACUGGGAAAUAGAGGAUUCCAAUAGUGAAGAUGGACAACUGGUGAAUGCUGUCAUAGUUAAACCAGGAGCCAAAGCCGCACAGGGUGCUGUUGAAGGAAUGGCUGUCUUGCGCCAGUUCCCGUUCUCUUCAGCCCUGCAGAGGAUGUCUGUCAUCGCCCGGGAGUUUGGUGGGGGCCACCACGCCUUCAUGAAGGGGGCCCCGGAGAGAGUGGCCGGCUUCUGCAAGCCAGAAACAGUGCCCCCCACCUUCACCAGCGAGCUCCAGCUCUACACCGCUUGGGGCUUCAGAGUCAUUGGCCUGGCACACAAGCACCUGCAGGCAGGAACAGAACCGGCUUCCUUGGCAAGGGAGGAGGUAGAGUCUGGCCUGACCUUCUUGGGAUUCCUGAUCAUGGAGAAUCGGCUGAAAAGCGAAACAAGGCCUGUCCUGGAGGAGCUGAGCGCUGCCCGCAUCCGGAGCGUGAUGGUCACAGGCGACAACAUUCAGACAGCGAUUACAGUUGCCAGAAAUGCCGGCAUGAUUCCGCAAGCCAGCCAAGUGAUCCUCGUUGAGGCUGACGCCCAGGCAGGCCACCCCUCAGCAUCCAUCGCCUGGAAGCUCCUGCAGGAGAGCAAAGUGAACCAGGGCUGCUGUGGGCCGGAGGGUAGUUACACGAAUAUUGGAGGAUCUGGCGGUGGAAGGAGCAGGUACCAUUUCUGCCUGAGUGGGAGAUCUUAUGAGGUCAUCAGCCAGAACUUCAGUCAUUUGCUUCCAAAGCUUCUCCUGAACGGAACAGUAUUUGCCAGGAUGUCUACAGCCCAGAAGGCCAACCUGGUGCAGGAGUUCCAGAAGCUGGAGCUCACCAGGGCUGCUGCCUUUCAGGCUCUGAAGGUGGCCCAUGCCGGGAUCUCCCCGUCUGAGCAGGAGGCCUCUGUGGCUUCCCCCUUCACAUCCAAGACCCCCAGCAUAGAAUGCGUGCCGGAGCUGAUCAGGCAAGGCCACGCUGCACUCGUCACCUCCUUCUGCAUGUUCAAAUACAUGGCCCUCUACAGCACCGUCCAAUAUAUCGGAGUCCUGCUCCUCUACUGGAAACUAAAUUCCUUUGGAAAUUACAAGUUUCUGUUCCAAGAUCUGGCAAUCAACACUCUCAUUGGGAUGACAAUGAGCCUGAAUCCCGCCUACCCGAAGCUGGUCCCCUACAGACCCCCAGCCCAGCUCACCUCCCCGCCCCUCCUGCUCUCCGUGCUCCUGAACCUCCUCUUCAGCCUGGCCAUGCAGACCUGCGGCUUUGUCCUGGUGCAGAAGCAGCUGUGGUAUUCCCCUGCUGACCUCCUCAGCGCUUGCACUCCGGGGAACAAAAGUCACGCGGGACUCCCUGCCUCAUCCAACGACACCCUGGGGGGCAGCUGGAUGGAAAGCCCCGCCAUUGGGGAGGGAGCAGGUGUCAACACUGGCUACAGGAGCUAUGAGAAUACCACCGUGUGGCUCCUGUCCACCAUCAACUGCUUCAUGGUGGCGCUGGUCUUCUCCAAGGGGAAGCCGUUCAGACAACCCGUGUACAAAAACUAUGCUUUUGUCCUUGUACUGCCCUUGCAACUGGGGCUUUGUCUCUUCUUCCUGUUUGCCAACAUCGAUUGUCUCUAUGCUAGGAUGGAUCUCGUUUGCACUCCCACCGUUUGGAGGAUCUCCCUGCUUGGCAUGCUGUUGGCCACCUUUGCCCUCUCUCUUCUUGUGGAGGAGGCCGUCAUUGAGAACAGAGCCUUGUGGGCACUGCUGAAGAGAGCCUUUGGGCACCAGUCCAGGAGCCGUUAUAAGAAGCUGCAGAGGGCGCUGGAGAGGGACUUGUCUUGGCCUCCCCUGAACAAAACUGACUUAGCAGCGUCUGCUGCAGUCCAAGUGGGUGGUUUUGGGGCAGCCUACAGCAACCCAGUGUUUGUGAGCCACGAACAGCCUGAUGCUAGUCUGAGGUCCUAAGGCGAGGUGGCCACCGCUGUGCCUGAAGGCCUGGCCUCCGCAGCCUGACCUGCAUGUCUCUUUUGUUCCCUUGUCAAAAGCAGGCACCAGCAGAACCAAAAGUUGGUUCUGAGAGGCAAAAUCCCUUAAGGGCGGAGAGGCAGUCCGCAGCUGCUCUUCUGAAUCUGCAGAGUGGCCCCUGAACCAAUCCACUGUGAAGAUAAUCGGGUUUCAAAGCUGAAGUGGGCAGCUGCUACAGAAGGAGGAUCUCUCAGGUUGUUUCCAGCCAAACUGUUUCUUGAGCAUUCAUUCUGAUUUGUUUGCACAAGGUUGGCAGGGAGGUUAUAUCAUGUUGGAUGUUUCUUGAGCAUUCGUUCUGAUUAUGUGGGGAGGCUUUACGAGACCACUACAAGCAACUGCUAUCCUACACUUUCCAGGGCAUUAUCCCUUCACUGCAAAAUGUCUUCAUUUUUCUUUUCUUUUUGCAAGUGGGUUUGUCAUGCAGCAGCACCAAACCUUCUUUAAUCAUGCAACCGAAAGUUCCCUUUAUGCAAUUGAAUCCCACCUACAAAAUAGCAACAGGCUAAAAGUGCCCUUAGACACCAGACUGUAGCUUGUGGCAACAGAUAAAAAGCAGGAGGUAGGGGGGGUUAGUGUGUGAAGUCAGCCUGGGAACAUGGACCACCGAAAGUGUGGGCAGGUGAGCGAUGAUACUGGAGGAGGGGAGCCCCCAGCAGGGACCAAGCAGAGGGCAGAACUGUUAUGUAAAUUUGUAUAAAUGAGCAGAGAUCAUCAGCAGUCUGAGCUGCUUGUGUGCCAGUGUGUGCGUUUACCUAAGUGGCAGGCUUUUACCCUGCAUGAGGACCACUGAGACUUAAGACUUAGUAAAAUAAGAAAAGCUACUUUAUUUAUAGAAAUACAUAGUAGAUAGAAAGGCAGGGCUAGUUCUAACUAACUAACUAAGCGGGAGGCGCAAUGCCCAAACGUGGGUACUGCCCUCAUGGCUUAGAAGAGAGAACAAGGACAAAGGUGUCUCCUCUCUCUUGGACAGCCGGAGAAGAGAGGAAAGGGCGGAAGGAGGAGAGGCAGAUAAGCUCCCUAAGACGUAUCAGUCUAACAACGGAAGGAAGUCAGUCAGAGCAUCACAGGUAAAGGUAGUCAAGCCUAUCCAUCUGGAGGACCCUCACACUAUCUCCCUUCUGGAACAUAAAGAACAACACAGGAGUUGCUCUUGUCCCCCUUCCAACAAGAACAGCCUUGCAGAUGGUUCUUGUUCUCCUCCAUGGUCAGAGGCAGUGAAUGCCUCUGAAUGCCUGCUGCCAGGAAUCACACGUGGGAGGAGUGCUCUUGCACUCAGGUUCUGCUUGUGGCUUUCUUCCCAUAAUGGGCCUCUGGUGAGCCACUGUGACAACAGGAUGCUGUCCUAGAUGGGUCCCCUUUGGCCUGAUCCUGUGUCAGGCCUCUUCUGAUGUUCUUACGAUGCAAAGGGGAUGCCAGGAAGAGGCUGGUGUGCUCACAAGAGGGAAGACUGCCACGCGCAGAGAUGGAGGGGAGCCACCAAGCCUGAGCAGGGCCCUCUUCUCCUCCUGAGCCAGGAGCCCCCACCUGCUCCGCCUGUGGCCUCUAUACUGGACAGCAGCUGGGAGUGCUGGAGGCCCAGGCGGGAUGGGAGGAUUUUCUCUGGGCUCUGCUGUGUCGCCGUGGCCUGAGAAGGGCACAGGCACCUCAGGCCCUCGAGAGCACUCAGCAGCCGCUGCGCAGGCAGGCCUGAUCCCGCUCAAGCCCUUUGGGAGAGCACCAAAGGCCCCAAACACCGACAGCUGCUUUACCGUGCAGGUCUGUGCUUGCCUGACUGCCUUCAGUGCGGCUUAUCCCAAGCAAGUGUGCUCGGGGUUCCUGACGUGGUUUCUCUACCUCAGCCUUUCGCCUGAAAACCUGCUUUCCGCUCUUCCUCCAGGGGCUUUAUUUCCCUUAGAGAAAAGUAUAAACACUGAGAUUCACAGAAGCUUGACUUAUUUAUGCAGCAUAUUUGUGUGCAAUCCCAGUUUUUCCCCAAGUGGCACGCAGGUGGACUGCACGUGGCCCUGAUGCGUGGCUCAGAAAUCCAUGCCAAUUCUGCAAAACUGCAGCAGCAGGGAGCUCAGUAAUGCAGUGGAUUGUGUGUUGGAUGUAGACCACUGGAAACCUGCGUUUGGAUCUCCACUCUGCCAGGAAACUCACUGGGUGAUCUUCAGCCAAUCACUGUCUCUGUUAGCCUACCUCACAGGGUUGUUGUGAGGAUACAGUCAAGCAAGGGGUGACCCAGGUGUGCCAUCCUGAGCUGUUUGGAUGAAGGGCUGGAUUUAAAUGCAAUAAAUAAAUACAUGCAACAUUUCUGAAUGUCACACAUUUGUUUUCCAAAAAGUGACCAAGCAACAGGUUGAUGCAAGAGCCAAGCGGAUGCCCGCUGCAGCUGAAU